AUGACUUUCACGCCCCCACAUGGUGCUUGCACAAACCAGCAAGCAAAAAUGUACAGACAUUGUCGACCAAUAAACACACAGCUUGGAUCUCCUAUAGACCAGGCACAAACAUUGUCGACUCCCACAGCCACACCAUCUCCGAAUCUGCCGUUUAAUCCCAAACAGAGUCCAGAACAAGUACGCAUAACCCACAACAAGAGAGACUCGUCAUGUAUAGAAGGAAAUGGUCCGUAUUGGGACAAACAACAAGCAUAUUACGGAAGUCAAAGCAAUAACUUCCAAGCUGCAGUUGACCAAUAUGAUCGUGCAUCAUCACAAAAUCAGAUCUUUAAGUCGCUAUUUGGUCCCGAUGCCUCUCAAUGGCCAUUCUCUGAAGAUUGUCUUAAAAGAGCAUUGGCUGUACGUUUGGCACAAGAAGCCACCAAACAAGAAUACUACAAAGUAGAAAGACUGAACCGAACUAUGGAACUCAUGAAGAUGGCAGUACUGGCAAAAGUUCCAGGUCACUUAAUUCCAGGAUUAUUAGGAACCCCACCCUGCAUACAAGGAGAAAGUCAUAAUCCACAUCCUAAUGAACAACACCCACAAUGUGUGACACCUCUGAGAGAGUCCUCGUCUUGUUGUAAUUCUUCAAAUUCUCCAUCUCCUGUUAGAAGCUCAAAACAUUCUAGAAGCCGAACUAUUUCCUCCACUGCUGAAUUGUUUAACAGUCAAUCAAACGUAAGUGAUGACUCUCAAUCAAAUCCAAUGAAAAACUUCAAGUUUGGAACUGGAAGCUCAAAUUCCUUCAGAUCGACUCUUGUUCGUAACCGUACUUCGUUACCACCAAGGCAUCAACUAUCACCUUCUCGAAUUGGUGCACAUGCUAUUUCCUCGUUGAAUGGAUCUUCGGACAAGAACAGAGUUGAUAUACGAAAGUUUCAGCACGGGAAAACCCAUAUGAAAACAUUGUCACUGCCAAACAAUGUAACUAUACCAGAGACAAAACCUUUGAGUUUUUCAAGAAAUCAUUCUAAGUUACCUUCAAUACCUAAUUUAAGAGAGAUUUACAUUCCUGAGCUAGAUAAACAACCACCUCAAUCUUACGAACCGGGAAAGGUAGGUAAAAGUUGCUUGGCAGAGCAGCCAUCUGUUGAACCGCCGAAAGAUCUGCCUACUAGCUCAGCGACAGAAUCUUCGCAUUGGAAAAGAAGGAGGGUUAAUGGGGGAUCCCCCUUGAAGGAAUUGAGUAUGGUUUACGAAAACGGGGAAUCCAUGACGCAGACUGAACAAAAUGUUUCGAUCUCAAGUUUUUACGAAGACUCCAAUAAAACUCUAACAUCCUCUAGCCCUAAAAGUGUACUACCUUUUGAACCUAAAACACCAUAG